AUGGUGAGAUUACAGAAAGAGUUCUUAAAUAAGAUAAGGGCAUUAACAGAAAUUUGGCAUCGAAAUAUUGUAAAAUUGCAUGGCUUUUGUUCACAUUCACAAUUCUCAAUUUUGAUUUACGAGUACCUUGAAAGGGGUAGCUUGGCCACAAUUUUGAGCGAUGAUGGAGGAGCUAAAGAAUUGGAUUGGAGCAAGAGAGUGAAUAUCGUCAAAGGUGUGACGCACGCUUUGUCUUAUUUGCACCAUGAUUGCUCACCACCAAUUGUUCACAGGGACAUAUCAAGCAAAAAUAUUUUACUGGAUUCAGAGUAUAAGGCUCAUGUUUCAGACUUUGGCACAGCUAAGCUUCUUAAUCAAGACUCAUCCAAUUGGACUUCAUUUGCUGGCACAUAUGGAUAUAUUGCACUAGAGUUUGCUUAUACGAUGAAGAUAACUGAGAAGUGCAACGUGUUUAGCUUUGGAGUUUUGGCUAUUGAAGUGAUCCAAGGAAGGCAUUCUGGUGAAACCAUCUCCACUCUAUCUGCUUCAUCUGUGGGAGAGAAUUUAUUGCUGAACGAUUUGUUAGAUAUACGUCUUCUGCCUCCCACUCUUGAGGUUGAGAAUCAAUUGAUACUCAUCGUAAAGUUGGCAAUUGCAUGCUUGAAUGCUAAUCCAGAAUCUAGACCAACCGUGCACAUGGUCUCUCAAGUGUUAUCAAGAUGA